AUGUCCCACGGGACCUACUACGAGUGUGAGCCCCGGGCUGGCCAGCAGCCGCUCGAGUUCUCGGGGGGCCGAGCGGGGCCCGGAGAGCUGGGGGACAUGUGCGAGCAUGAGGCCUCCAUCGACCUCUCCGCCUACAUCGAGUCUGGGGAGGAACAGCUCCUCUCUGACCUCUUCACUGUGAAGCCGGCACCUGAGGCCCGAGGGCUUAAGGGACCCGGAGCCCCUGCCUUCCCCCACUACCUGCCGCCCGACCCACGGCCCUUCGCCUACCCGCCACACACCUUCGGCCCUGACAGGAAGGCGCUGGGGCCUGGCAUCUACAGCAGCCCGGGGAGCUACGACCCCAGGGCCGUGGCCGUGAAGGAGGAGCCCCGGGGGCCAGAGGGCAGCCGAGGGGCCAGCCGUGGUGGCUACAAUCCUCUGCAGUACCAAGUAGCACACUGUGGGCAGACGGCCAUGCACCUGCCCCCAGCCCUGGCAGCGCCCAGCCAGCCCCUGCGCGUCCUCAAGGCCCCUGUGGCCGCUGCCGCACCCCCCUGCAGCCCCCUCCUCAAGGCGCCGUCCCCAGCUGGCCCCUCGCACAAAGGCAAGAAGGCGGUGAACAAGGACAGCCUGGAGUACCGGCUUCGGCGGGAGCGGAACAACAUCGCCGUCCGCAAGAGCAGGGACAAGGCCAAGAGGCGCAUCCUGGAGACGCAGCAGAAGGUGCUGGAGUACAUGGCAGAGAAUGAGCGCCUCCGCAGCCGUGUGGAACAGCUGACUCAGGAGCUGGACACCCUCCGAAACCUCUUCCGCCAGAUCCCCGAGGCUGCCAACCUCAUCAAGGGUGUGGGGGGCUGCAGCUGAGCUGGGCUGGCAGACUGUGGCACCAGCCCCCAGCCCGGCCUGACCCUGCUGAGGUCCUAGAGGCCUUCACAGGCCGAGCCUGAGACAUAGACCGUGGACAAAUCGCAGCGGGUGGCAAGGGAGAAGGGCAGACCCCAGCAUGAUGAUUCUUUGGCUGAAUAAAAUUGCACUAUGACUCA